AACGUUACUGUUAUGAUGUAGCCGACAGACUCAACACAAUACAAGUAGCGUGUUGCCGGUGUCCAUUUGCCUUUUUAUUUAUCUUUUAUGUAUAGAUAGUUUAGUUUCCGAAAUUAUGUCGGAAAUAUUUUCAACUUUGUUUGGGCAAAAUGAUGCACAGCCUCCAACGGGGCAGACAGCGUUCGGGUCCGGGAAACCUCCGCCGCCAAACCAAGCUGCCGGUGCGGCUCAGAUGCCAACACAGCUCGGGGAUGAGGGGCCUACACUGAGAAAACCCGGAGCCAUGAACGAGCCUUUCUAUUUACUGCGAGAACUGCCAGUUGGAAACGAGCUGACGGGAAACACAAACCUCAUCACGCAUUAUAAUCUGGAACACGCGUAUAAUAAAUUCUGCGGCAAGAAGGUGAAGGAGAAGCUGAGCAACUUUUUACCAGAAUUGCCAGGUAUGAUAGACUGUCCAGGUGUUCAGGAUGGAAGUUCUCUGCGUUCUCUCAUAGAAAAACCUCCAGUUUGUGGAAACUCCUUUAGCCCACUAACAGGAGCUCUACUUACUGGAUUUAGACUACACACUGGCCCGCUUCCAGAGCAGUACAGACUGAUGCACAUACAGCCACCAAAGAAAAAGAGUAAACAUAAACACAGACAUCAUCGACCUCAGGAUCCAUUACCACCAGAGACUCCCUCAGAUUCUGACCCCAAGAAGAAAAAGAAAAAGAGGGACGAUGACCCUGAUCGUAAGAAGAAAAAGAAAGACAAGAAGAAAAAGAAGAAACACAGUCCUGAUCAUCCUGGUCUGACUGGAUCUCAGUCCAACAGCAACAGCCUGAGAUAAAACUACUGUUUGUGUGUUUACGUGUGUGUAUGUGUGUACAUGAGAAUAUUAAACCGUGUUAGAGACUUUGAUGUGGACCAGUGUGUUUGAGACGAAUGUUUACACAGACCGAUUGUUGAAGAUUUCUUCUUUUCUGCUCAAAACAAAUAAACUUUUGUUAUUC